AUGAACCCGCACCAACAGAACAAGGUGGACAUCAGCAAAAUGUCUCCGGAUGAGGCCCGUCUCUUCCGCCUCUAUGGAAAACUCCCGAACAAGAAGGACUUGUUGCAGAACAAGCUCAAGGAGCGCAAAUACUUCGAUAGCGGCGACUACGCUCUUUCCAAGGCUGGCAAGGCCUCAGACGCCGGCGUCACCGAGGUCGGUCGCGAGCACCCCAAUCCCGAGAAGAUCCCACACAUGGCGGCCCCGCCCACCCCCACCGGACAGGUUGGAACUCCCCAGGAGCUGGUUGGCAGCCCAGCCAAGGAAGGCAUCUCGUUCCUGCACCGCGAGUCGAGCUUGCACCGGGAAGCAUCAGCAUCCGACGACAACGAGAGCGGUGAG